AAACGUUUUGAACCAGCCCGCCUCUUUUGCGUUCUAUUGCGCGGAGGAGGGCGGGGCGAGGAUCACGGCAAAAGAAAUAAUUGGCUGGAGCCCUCUGAAAGUCGGAGUAUAAUUGGCUAAGAGCAUAGGUGGAACGUCGGAGCAACGUAGAAUUAUUGGCGGAGACUCCCCUAAUGGAGAGAAAACCCCGCCCACCGACCGACGCAGGGAGGUAUUUAUGGCUGCGCGCGAAAGCACGAGCGGUUCAAGCCUGCGUGCGGGAGUUGCUGUUUGUGUGUUUUUGUCGGGAUUCAAUUUAAAAGCACACAGAUGAAUUCCAGGGUGAAACAGAAAUUGGAUGCUGAGGAGCCCAUUACUACAAAGCAGGCUUCUAGAAGUAACACCAACAGCACAUCACAGAGACAGACUCUGAAGAUGAUACAGCCAUCUAUUACAGGUUGCCUUGUUGGUCGAUCAAAUGAGGGAAAAUCUUCAAUCAAGAGGAAGAUUUGGAGCGAUCAGAUGACUUCAAAGGCAUCCAAACCUGAAACUGCUGUUGAAAAGGAACACAUAAACACAAGCGUUCUCCAGGCUUCUGAUCUCACAACAAAAGGUAAUCCUUCAUCUCAAUAUUGGAAGGAGGUGGCCGAGGAGCGGAGGAAAGCUCUUUAUGAAGUGUUGCAAGAAAAUGAAAAGCUGCAUAAAGAAAUCGAGCUGAAAGAUGGUGAAAUUUCCCGUUUAAAAGAGGAGAAUGAAGAGCUUGCAGAACUAGCAAACCAUGUACAGUAUAUGUCAGACAUGAUCGAGCGAUUAACUGGACAGGCUCCGGAAGACCUAGAAACACCGAAAAAUCUAGACUUGGAGGGAACUGCAUAUGAAGAAAACGACUCUACAGAGGAAGAUGUAGAGGAUGACACUAAAGGGCAGUGCUCACAGCUCUCCAGCAGCAUUACAGAGAGUAUUUUGGAUCUGCCCACAACUGGAAUAAAUCUGUGAAAAUAUAGAGCUUUGAGGAGGAAUAUGAGUUACCAGCUUUCAUUUUGGGGUAGGGAAAGGGUGAAAAUCUUUGAAAAUGGUAAAUAUUAGUUUAAGAUUCAGAACAUGAGUCUUGGCUAGUAAUGUAUAUCAUUGCAAGUAAGCGUCCUCUCAAACUUGUUAGGCUCUACCUUACCUCCUUGUGAUUAAAUAGAAAUACUAUGUAUUUCAGCUUGUAAAUAAUUUUUAUUCAUCUGAUAUGAGAUAUAUGUAACUGCCAAAUAAACAUAUUUUCAAAUUCUA